AUGCGCUUCAUCGCGACUAUUGGCCAGCUGCUCCUCGCCGGAGUAGCUCUGGCACAGAGCAACUCGAGCUGCUCGCCCUCUUCCUCGGAUGCUAUGGUCGUCGAGUACGGCUGGGCGCUCUCGUACUUCCUGGACCGCUACUACAACCAGGUCCCGCUCAACCAGACCUUCCUGCAGAGCGCAACCAACGACUCCGACGCCGAGUACUACCCCAACUUCCAGGGGAUCCAGCGCCUGAACCGCCUGGGGACGCGUGCCGCCCAGCAGCUCGGGUCUAGGAUUUCCGGCUUCACGGCUCCCAACUGCAGCUUCACCUUCCCCAAUGCCAGCAGCGCCGAGAGCUUUGUCGAGAAUGCCUUGACCCUCGAGUCGACCGUCGCGGGCGCUUACAUCGCCCUGGCUGGCUACACCCAGGCUCCUGAGGUGUCCUUCCUGUGGGCCCGUCUGGCAGCUGAGCACACCGCGCACGCCUACUACCUGGCCAGCAACCAGGAGGACAUCCUAUUCCCGGCCAACAGCUCCGGUCUGGUCCCCGCCUAUAGCCCGGCCUAUGUGCUGUCCUCCGGUAGCCAGAAGGGCAAGCUGGGCCGCUACCUCGGCAGCUGUGUCUCAGCGCCUCCCGCACCCUGCGGCCAGACCUUGUUCAUCGGUCCCCUCGGCGCCACCCUGGCUCCCAACGGGUCUGCCAGUGCUGCGGCUGCGAGCUCGGCUUCGCUUUCCGCUUCAGCGACU